AUGACGUUAGCUAACAUUAUAAUAUAUUUCAUGGUAUUAAGAAAUGAUGACACUCUUGCUUAUGAAAACAUAGCUUUAAACAAACCCACACGACAAUCACAGCCGUAUUGGAGUAAAACUCAUCCACCUGAUACAUUCGACUCCAGCAAUGCUGUUGAUGGUCUGAAGACAAACCUCUCUGCCUAUGGAGGACAGUGUGUUGUGUCAGCUGAUGGAUACAGAACUGCCACCUGGUGGGUUAACUUGACGUCCAUAAACAGUAUUCACGACAUAAGGAUAUAUUACAGGACGGAAAAUGCACCAUGGAAUGCAUCAAAUGGCUACACAGCUAGAUUUUUAGGUUUUUAUGUCUAUGUAUCAAAUACAACGAGAAGACUCGACGGUCAUCUAUGUUUUCAUGAUACAAACUACUCGAGGGCAACCAUACCGUCAAUUGCCAACAUAACCUGUGCUGUACACGGUCAAUAUGUCAUCUACUACAACAUCAGACCACAGGAUGCUGCACGUGCUGCUGAAUUCAGCCGAAAUGCACACAACGAAUUAUGUGAAAUUGAAGUCUACGGUUGUAGCGAAACAGGAGUCUAUGGAUCUGACUGUUCCCUCCCCUGUCCUGACAACUGUCUUUAUUGUCAAAUAGAGACAGGUGCUUGUCAGGGAUGUAAACCUGGGUACCAGGGGCAUAGGUGUGAAUUACCUUGUAGUCAUCAGUUUUAUGGAGAACUUUGUUCACUGGCAUGUGGUAACUGUAGUGAGGGAAGAACGUGUCACCAUGUGAACGGAAGCUGUACAAACGGAUGUGACGUCGGUGUUUAUGGGGACAAAUGCAAAACACCAUGCCCCGAUGGUUUGCAUGGGCAAAACUGUUCUAAGAUGUGUAUCAACUGUGAUGAAUGUGACAGAUUCUCUGGACAAUGUACAUCUCCCUGCAAUACUGGAUGGAAAGGACUCUUUUGCAAAGAUGCUUGUAGUGCAAACUUUUAUGGAUAUAGCUGCUCUUUGAAAUGCGGUAACUGUACAAAGGGAAUGACCUGUAACCAUGUCAAUGGAAGCUGUACAAACGGAUGUGACGUCGGUGUUUAUGGAGUUAAAUGCCAAACACCAUGUCCCGAUGGUUGGCACGGUCAUAACUGUUCUCAGAUGUGUAACUGUGAUGAAUGUGACCGAUUCUCUGGACAAUGUACAUCUCUCUGUAAACCUGGAUGGAAGGGACUCUUUUGUUUAGAUGAUUGUGAUGGUGGCAGAUAUGGACAGAAUUGUGGACAGAGAUGUGGAGCCUGUCUGGGAUAUAAACAAUGUCAUCACAUCAAUGGGUCUUGUCUUGAAGGCUGUGAUGCUGGGUUUGAAGGGAAUCUUUGUAAAACGGGUUGUUCAUCUGGAAAGUUUGGAAUCAACUGUCAGCAGAUUUGUAAUAAAAACUGUGGUGUACAAUAUCAAUGUAACAGAACAACAGGAGAUUGCGAGGGUGGAUGUCAACCAGGCUGGGAGGGAUUUCGAUGUGAACAAGUGUGUAAGCAAAAUAAGUACGGUGAAAACUGCUCUCAAUCAUGUGGAUUCUGUCAGAACUCAAACUGCCAUCAUGUUAAUGGUUCUUGUCCAGGAAAAUGCUUGGAUGGAUAUCAAGGAACUACUUGCAAUGAAAUAUGUGAGGCAGGAUUGUAUGGGGGAAAUUGCAAGAAAGAAUGUAGCCUCUUCUGCAAGUCAUCGCGUGACUGCAACCACGUGACUGGACAUUGUAAUGAAGGGUGUGUUAGUGGAUGGCAGGGUCCUGUGUGUUUGCAAGUUGCAGCGAAAACGGAUGAUACUGUUAGCGUUUCAAAAUUUAAUGGCGUUCUUGCCGCUCUAUGUGUCUGCCUUAUACUACUCGGAAUUUCAAUUGCUUAUAUAUUUAUUUAUAGAUGGAACAUGAAAGGGAAGCUGAAGAAAAUGACGUAUAAGGAACAUAAAGAGCUUAAUGAAUCAACAUUUAACAUGGACAUUAUCUCUAGUAAAAUUGACGAAGAUGACAAGAACGGGUAUCAGGAGCUGGGCGAAGUGGCGCUACCAUCAGAUUAUGAUCGACUUUGAAAUUUUGCAUUUCAUACUCAUACAAUAUUUUCCAAACUUAUAUAAAAAAGUCUUUGAACACAUAAUUACAUGUACUGUACAUAUCUGUAGCUAUUAUGCAAAAACAUAUUUUGGUAUAGAUUUAGGCUUAUAUCUUGAAUGU